AUACCAAUUACCAUUUACCAACCAGGGAUCGACAAAAUUCAGUUUGAGCUCCAACUCCAUUGUUCUAGGAUUUAAUGACUUCGGGCUUAGAUUCCAAUGUUUGUAGUUCAAUUAUUCAAUUAAACCAUCAAACAUUCAUCUGAUUUUCAAGGGCAGUCAAAAAUGGAUGCCCCUCGAAUUUUUUUGUAUUAGUUGGUGCCCCACCAACCGCUCUGACGACUUACCUACCUCCAUUUCGGCCUCCUCCGCUUCCCCUUCUUCUAAUUUCUUUCUCUUGGGCACUGAAUCACAUUUUCCCCUUCAAAACGCCGGCCAAUUGUCCGAUUCGUGACGCACGCCGCAGAAAAAUGGAUUUUGGGCUGGCGUAUUCUGGCUUGGGUGUGGGAGUUGAAGGGAUUACAAAGAAUUCAACCCUUAUUUGUGUGCCAAUCAUGGCAGAAUCAAUAGAUAAGAUGGUUAUCGAUGUUAGGAAGGCAGGACUGAAUGGUGCUGACCUUGUGGAGAUAAGAUUGGAUUCACUGAAGAUUUUCAAUCCCCAUGAAGAUCUUAAAACUCUAAUUAAAGAGUCUCAUGUGCCCACCUUAUUCACUUAUAGACCAAAAUGGGAAGGUGGUCAGUAUGAUGGUGACGAGAACCAGCGGCGGGAUGCUCUUCGAUUAGCCAUGAAGUUGGGAGCAGAUUAUAUUGAUGUUGAACUUCAGGUGGCCAAGGAGUUCAUUGACUCUAUACGUCAAGAGAAGCCAGAAAAUUUUAAAGUCAUCGUUUCUUCCCACAAUUAUAGGAAGACCCCAUCUUUAGAGGAUUUAGGGAGUCUUGUAGCAGAUAUCCAAGCAAGUGGAGCUGACAUUGUGAAGAUUGCAACAACCGCACUGGAUAUCACUGAUGUUGCUCGCAUGCUUCAAAUACUUGUCCAUUCACAAGUUCCAAUAAUUGGACUGGUUAUGAGUGACAGGGGGUUUAUUUCACGGAUACUUUGUCCAAAAUUUGGUGGCUAUCUUACAUUUGGUACCCUUGAGAAGGGAAUAGUUUCAGCUCCUGGUCAACCAACCGUUGAAGAUCUACUGGAUCUAUACAAUUUCAGACAAAUAGGGACCGAUACUAAGGUAUUUGGCAUUAUUGGAAACCCUGUAGGCCACAGCAAAUCACCCGUAUUAUUCAAUGAGCUUUUCAAGUCAGUUGGAUUCAAUGGUGUUUAUGUACCGUUGUUGGUGGAUGAUCCUGUAAAGUUUCUCGAUACUUAUUCAUCCAGCGAUUUUGCAGGAUUCAGUGUCACAAUCCCACACAAGGAAGCGGUAUUAAAAUGUUGUGAUGAGGUUGAUCCACUUGCAAAGUCGAUUGGAGCUGUUAAUCUUGUUGUUAGAAGACAAACUGAUGGAAAAUUAUGUGGCUAUAAUACAGAUUGUUAUGGUGCUAUUUCAGCCAUUGAAGAUCAAUUACUUGACUUGCACAAUGAUAGCUCUACAAUUGGUUCACGCUUAUCUGGUAAGCUCUUUGUUGUCAUUGGUGCUGGUGGAGCUGCCAAGGCUCUUGCUUAUGGUGCAAAAGAGAAGGGUGCCAGGAUUGUAAUUGCUAAUCGCACAUAUGAUCGGGCUAGAGAACUUGCAGACUCUGUUGGGGGACAGGCCGUGUCUCUUGCCGACUUAGAAAAUUUUCACCCAGAAGAUGGUAUGAUUCUUGCCAACUCAACAUCAAUUGGAAUGCAGCCCAAAGUUGAUGAAACUCCAGUUCCAAAGCAUGCUCUGAAAUACUACUCACUGGUUUUCGACGCGGUUUACACACCCAGGAUGACCAGACUCUUGAGGGAAGCUCAAGAGUGUGGAGCAGCCAUUGUUCCUGGAUUGGAGAUGUUCAUCAGGCAAGCAUAUGGACAAUAUGAAAGGUUCACUGGGCUGCCUGCACCUAAGGAAAUUUUUAGGAAAAUUUUGGCAGAUAACUAGUGAAGUGUUGUGUGAUUCCGCUGCAGUGGCUUGUCCUGAUUGUUCCGAAUUGGCAGUUCUCCAAUUCUUUGCAUUUUCAGGAAGAUUUGUUAGAUACCUUUGUAACAGUCAAGAACUAGAUUUGAGAAAAUAAAGAGGGUUUAUCAUUAAUUUUGAACAGGUGGCAUCGUUCUAGGCAGAGAUAAUGAGAGGAGGCUUAUCAUGUGUGUGUCAUUUUCUUAGAAAAUAAUUUAUUGUAAAAACAAGAUGGAACAACACUGAUUCUCUUGUCAUAUGUCACAAUCAAUCUAGCUUUGAUGAUGUUUUUAUCUGUGAUGAUUGAUAAGUAUUCUUACCUCCA